CCCGCGCCCUCUUUCCCCUCCCUCCAGUCCUACGCAACCUGAGAGCCCCGCUGGGAGGAGCCUCCGAGACGCCCUCGGGGGAGCUAUCCCGGCGGGCCCCGCGCGCGGCCGCGUUUGAAUGGCCCUGAGUGGGACUCGGCCGGGAGCCGAGAGAUAGUCCAGGCGCAGUCGGCCAGCGCCGGGGCUGCGCGGAGGCGCCGCGGUACCAUGAGGCGCCGGUAUUUAAGAGAUUAUGGCCUCUGAAACCCACAAUGUUAAAAAAUGCAACUCUUGUAAUAAAAUUGAGGAUCAUUCCAUUGAUCUUCCUAGAAAAAGGAUCUCUAAUUUCACUAAUAAGAACAUGAAGGAGGUUAAGAAAUCUCCAAAACAGUUGGCUGCUUACAUAACUAGAACAGUUGGUCAAGCUGUGAAAAGCCCAGAUAAACUACGUAAGGUGAUCUAUCGCAGAAAGAAAGUUCAUCAUCCUUUUCCAAACCCUUGUUACAGAAAAAAACAGUCCCCUAGAAGUGGGGGCUGUGACAUGGCAAAUAAAGAAAAUGAACUGGCUUGUGCAGGCCACCUCCCUGAAAAAUUACGCCAUGAUAGUCGAACAUAUUUGGUUAACUCCAGUGAUUCUAGUUCGUCACAGACAGAAAGCCCAUCAUCAAAAUAUAGUGGGUUUUUUUCUGAGGUUUCUCAGGACCAUGAAACAAUGGCCCAGGUUUUGUUCAGCAGGAAUUUGAGAUUGAAUGUAGCUUUAACUUUUUGGAGGAAGAGAAGUAUAAGUGAACUUGUAGCUUAUUUGGUGAGGAUAGAAGACCUUGGAGUUGUGGUGGAUUGCCUUCCUGUGCUCACCAAUAGUUUACAGGAAGAAAAACAAUAUAUCUCACUUGGCUGCUGUGUAGACUUGUUGCCUCUAGUAAAGUCACUACUUAAGAGCAAAUUUGAAGAAUAUGUAAUAGUUGGUUUAAACUGGCUUCAAGCAGUCAUUAAAAGGUGGUGGUCAGAACUAUCAUCCAAGACAGAAAUUAUAAAUGAUGGAAAUAUUCAGAUUUUAAAACAACAAUUAAGUGGAUUAUGGGAACAGGAAAACCAUCUUACUUUGGUUCCAGGAUAUACUGGUAAUAUAGCCAAGGAUGUAGAUGCUUAUUUAUUACAGUUGCAUUGAGAACCUUCAUCUACUAAAUAGCAUUUGGUCAUUCAAAACAUCCCUGGACAUUCCCCAAAAAUGCUUCAUCAGAGAACUGUGAACUGUGGAAGAAAUCAAAACUAUUUUUUUCUUUAAAAAGCCACACAAUGAAACCACUAAUGAAAUGCUAACAAUCUACUUCACAUUGAAGUGGAAAAAUAUCCAAAAGGAGCAGCUUCAACUUCAAUGAGGUGAAAGUGCACUAUGAAGAUUAUUCACCUUUACUGCAUUUGGGAUUUAUAUGAUUAUUUGGUAACAUUGUUUAAGAACUACUAGGUCUUAAUGCAAUCUUGCAUAAGAAUAUAAUUUAUACUAUGGAAAAAUAAGACAGGACUUAUUACUAGGAAUCACAAAGACCAAUCAUCAUUGCUUUUUUUUAAGAUUGUGUUUUAUAAGAAAACAUUUAAAUGUGUGCAGCUACUAUUUUCUUAUGUUGAAAAGACUUUGAAAGUUUAAAGCAUCAUAGCAAAUAAUCAAUACUAAAAGUUUUUUGUUCACACUGAGAUACUGUGUAUGCAAAAUGCCUUAAUUAUUAAUAAGCCAAUGUGUAUGAUACCAAUAACUGUUUAAGAAAACUAAAAGUAACCAUGCUUCUGGCAUGAUAAAAUCAUGGAAUUAAAUCAGGGGUUUCCAUUCAUGGAGAAUAUUGUUGUUAAAACUUAUUUCACACCAUUCUUAAAACCUGAGAAUAUUUUUAAUAUCUCUGUCUUUUUUUUUGCCAGAAUCAUCAUGUCAUGUAUGUAUGUGUUACUCCUAUAUAUAAAAAAAAGAUGAAUAUGUAUUUGUAUGAAUGCUUAACUGGAAGUGUCCAUGGAGUUGGCUAAUUUAUAUUCACUUUUUAUUGUACAUAGAUUUCUAAUAUUUUCAGUUCUGUAUCAUUUAAGUUUCUUCAUUUGAGUAAAUUCACUAAAUAUUUCUAUUUUUGCUUUUUAAAAUUCUGAUUCUAUAUGAAUUCUGAUUUUUUUCACUACAUGUUUAAAGAAUUACAUACACUGCUUUAGAAAUGUUUACACUUAGUGCUGACCUUGUAUUUUAAAUUCCAACACUUUAUAUUACUACCUCCUCCAAAGGUUGGUAUGAUGAAAUGCCAGCAGAUUGUAUGAGGUCUUUUUUUUUUUUUUUUUAAUACCAUUUGUAGUAUCAGUGAACUCACGGAAUGUCUUAACAGCUGUAUGUGUUAUCUUGAAAGUGGUUGGGGUUUAAAGACCACUAUUGGCGGUUCAUAUGUCAUCUCAUCUUUAAUAAGCCUGAAAAGCAUCUGAGCAAAGAUUUUUAGUAAUUUAAUUUCUGUGCAGUAAUUCUUCAAGCACUUUAAUGUAAAUUUUUAGCAUUUGCCCAAUUAGCCACUACUGAUGUGAAUCCCAAACAAGCAUCUUUCUUGCUUUAAAAAAUGUUAUUUUUCACUGACUUCUGUUUUUGUGUAGCUGUAUUUUAUAUGGCUAUGUAUUCCUCACAGUGAACAUUGAUUGUAGUAGUUGAAUAUUCUCUAAAGUUUUUUAGAAUAAUUUCA